CGAAGCGAACAGUCAAUAAACGAACUUCAUUAACCUAUACCCUUUCUACAUGGGGGCUCGUCCGGGAAGGAUUCAAUAAUUCGAGAAAAGACUGCGAAACCGCGAUUGUGAAAAAGACGAAAACGAUUGUGCGUAAAGACGACGCGCAUCGUGGAAUAAGUGUAUGUGCGUAUGACGACGUGCUUACACGGUAGAGGAAAACGCGCAUGACGGCGUGUUUGUAUGUGUGCAUAAGAACAUAAGACGACGUUCUUUGUACCGGUAGUUGGGAGUGCGUAUGACGACGCGCAUUCUAAAGACGAUAACGCGCAAGACGAAGUGUUUGUGUAUGUGCUCAAAACGUGCAUGACGAUGUGUUUGUAUGUGUGCUAAAGUGCGUAGGACGACGUGCUUGGUACUGCUUGGUGCGUGUGACGACGCGCAUUCUAAAGACGAUAGCGCGUAAGAGGAAGCGUUUGUGAAUAUGUUCAAAACGCGCAUGACGGCGUGUUUGUAUGUGUGCUAAAGUGCGUAGGACGACGUGCUUGGUACCGGUUAUGUAUGACGACGUGCGUCUUAAGAAACGAGAACGCGUAUGACGACGUGUUUGUCUGUAUGCAUGUGCAAAACGCGCAUGAUGGUGUUUGCGUGCGGGCAUAAGAAAGGCGCUUAACUAAGACGCUUUGUGUCAAUUAUCUGAUGACGUGUUUGUGCGAUACGUGUAUGAACGUCAUUGUGUGAGAUCAGAGGCGCUCUCGUGUAUGUGUUUGUGCGUAUGAGAGGAGUGCAUUUGACGGCGCGCUCGUAGUAGCACAAAAGAACGCAGGUGGCGUGAUUGUGAAUAAAAAAAAGCGUUCCGAAAAGACGGCGCGCGUGUUGAGCAAAUAAGUUCGGUGUGCGUGAAGUAAAGGUGAAGUAAGCGAAAUGGCGGAAGAAAGAGUGUUGAUUCUCAUACAAGACUAUACGCGCACGGGACUUAUUCGGUUAUGUGAGUUGAAAGGUGGUCCAAGGUCCAAGGAAGAGAUGGCGAUGCAAUUGGUGGAACAUGAACAGCAAACAUCAAGCAGAGGAUCGGCUGACAUGGAGCAAUUUCAUGAUGUUGAUGCAGAAUCAAUUCAAGAUGCGGGACAGGCAUCAGGUGUAAAUGAAAUGGAUUCGUCGGUAAGAACGUUAAUGCAUCCUUAUUCAUUUAGAGAUGUAGAGGAAAGUAUUCCUACGUACGGUUCCGAUAAGACGAUCGAUUUCUGUGUGUGGAUGGAUGAAUUUGAAGCGGUUGCGCGAAUGGCAAAAUGGUCCGAUGACCAAAAAUUCAUCAUGUGUCGCAAGAAAAUGACCGGCAGUGCGCGGAAUUUCUUACUUACGAUUUGCAACAUAACGUCAUUUUCGGCAUUGAAAAAAGCACUUUUGGUCGAGUUUGGGAAAAGAGCGCGUCCCUCCGAUGUUCAUCGCCAGCUAGCAACAUGUCGACGUGCAAAGGACGAGACGGCGCUUGAUUUUAUCUAUAGAAUGCAAAGCAUUGCUAAACAGAUAGAUUUGGACGAGGAGAGCAUAUGUGAGUACAUCAUAGAUGGAAUCACGGAUGACGAAACGCAGAGAGCUGCUUUAUAUGAAGUGCGUACGAUCAGUGCAUUAAAAGUAAAAAUUGAACUUCGAGAGCGUGCUAUUCAGAAAGGAGCGACCCGAAAAACAUUCAAUGCUUCGCAGAAUACCGUCGCCAAACAAAAGACGAUGAGCACAAAAGUUCGUUGUUACAAUUGUGGUGAAACCGGUCAUCGUAGUUCUGAGUGUGUGCGUAAGAACAGCGGACCGAAAUGUUUCAAGAGUGGUGAGUUUGGACAUGUGUCGUCGAAAUGCACAACAAAAGAUGAUCGAGCGACCAACCAACAAAACGUGUUACUGGUGAAAAAGCUUCCAAGUAUUCCAGUAAGAAUAGCGAGCGAAAAAUACGAUGCGGCUGUCGACACAGGUAGUGAAGUGACAUUGUUACGAUCAGACGUGCAUAAGCUGAUUCCAAAAAAUCUGCAGAAGUGGAGCCCAACGACACAAAGGCUUUGCGGUCUGGGUGGCAAAGUAACAAACACUUCAGGAGAAGCUAUUGUCUUUGCAACUGUCGGCGAAGCAGAAUGUGAGGUAAGAUUUGACAUUGUUCCUGAUGCGGCACUUGAGGUACCGAUGUUAUUAGGAAUGAAUUUCCUUAGAAGUGUUGAUUUUGUGAUUAACAAUACGGGCGUAACGAUACAGCGUAAAAAAGUGGAUAAAAGCGAGACCAGUGGUACAGGCAAUGGUGAAAACAUGGAAGAGAAUACAUCGUGGAUUUUUCAAAUUUCAUGUGAACGUGAUGAGUUGGAUGUUCCAUGUGAGUGGCGACAAGAGGUAACGAAUAUAGUGAACAAUUAUGUACCCGUUGAAAAAGUGAAUUCCAAUUGUGAGCUAAAUAUUGUGGUGCAGGACAAUAGUGUUGUUCGGAUGAAUCCGCGUAGGUUGGCUCCGUUGGAAAGAAAGGUUGUUCGGGAGCAGAUCGAACAAUGGUUGCGUGACGAUAUUAUUCGGCCUUCAGAAAGUGCAUACGCGAGUGCAGUGGUAGUGGUUCCGAAAAAAGACGGUUCUCAUCGGGUGUGCAUCGACUAUCGUGAGAUAAACAAGAGAAUCGUUCGUGAUCCCUAUCCUAUGCCGAAUAUAGAGGAUCAAAUUGAUCAGCUUGCUGAUGCUAGAGUGUACACCACUUUAGAUUUGAAGAACUCAUACUUCCACGUACCGGUAAAGGAAGAAUGUAGAAAGUACACAGCCUUUGUAACACCAGAAGGGCAGUACGAGUUUAUGCGUGCACCGUUUGGGCUUUGUACGAGUGGUAGUGCGUUCGGGAGAUUUAUCAGUUCAGUGUUCCGUAACUUGAUAAAUGAAGGAGUAAUGUUGGUGUUCGUCGAUGAUGUCAUCAUCCCAUCGCGAGACGAGGAGCAGGGGCUAGCAGCGAUCAGGCGUGUGCUGGAUGUAGCGCAAAGCGCGGGCCUGAAAUUCAAUUGGAAGAAAUGCGUAUUCCUGCAACGACGUGUCGAGUAUCUGGGAUACCAAAUCUACGAAGGGCGAAUCGAACCAUCGUCGCAGAAAGUGGAAAAGGAUCUUAUUGUCAACAAGGUCGUAGUUCCGACUAGGCAUGGGCAAGACGAUUCUUUUCACCGAACGCGAACGAACUAGUUCGCUCACCAAAAAGAACCGAACGCGAACGACGAUUCUUUCGUUCUUUGUUUCAUGAGGUUUUUAUUCACAAAGAGCGCUCAUUAUCUUUUUCAUUUACCCACCAUAGGCGCAUACUGUAGCCAAAGAAGUACUCAUUCUGCGGUUGAAACCAAUCAUUUAAAAACAUUAAACACUCGGCUGUCUGGUCAACACAAUCCAUCGCAAAACCGACCAAAAACUAGCAUGUAAAAAACUAAUACGAGCAAAAAUCUCUCCUGCAUAUAUUUUACCCCAUGCCUUAUACACACUUAAGGAUUCUAUUAAAAAAAACUACUUAAAUAUGGAUCAACAUGAUGAGCGCAAUCAAUUCAGUUCAGUUCAUUCGCGAACAAUGACUAAUCCGUUUGAACGGGCUCGAUCUAUUGAAUUGUAUAGGUAUAAUUUCCAUACCAACAGAACACAGAUCGAACACAAAUGAGCCAGUUCGAACGCGUUCGAUGAAUUAAGUUGUGUAGG